GUGUUGGUAGGCCGCCCGAGACGACAAAUCGCUGCUCCAACCCACUGCCUGCCGCAUUCUGAAUUUACGGACCCAUAAUAAUAAAGAUUAAUAAAUUACCCAUUGCUAAUUGCUUCUCUUUUUCUUUAUUUUAUUACUAUUCUUUCCACUCCAACAUAACAACAAACUAAUCACUCCAACUAUUUCCUUUCCCUUCACAUCUACAUCACAUUAAAACAAGCAAAGGAUCGGAGGAGCUGAUUGCUUUGAGUUGCAGCACCAUGGACCUCUCCUUUACCAACCCAGCCUUCCUUCUCGCUUUCCAUAUCUUUUUCAGAGAUGUGCGAGCUUCAACAGUCGCAUUUGGAGCCACAUUCACAUUUGUAAACAAGUGCGAGUACACAGUGUGGCCCGGUAUACUCGCUAACGCCGGCAGCCCCACACUCGACAGCACCGGAUUCGAGCUUCCCCCAGACUCUUCCCGAACUUUCAUCGCCCCUGCCGGCUGGUCAGGCCGUUUCUGGGGUCGAACUGGAUGCACAUUCUCCGGUUCUGAACCAGGCUCUUGCCAGACUGGCGACUGCGGGUCGGGUCAAGCAGAGUGCAAUGGUUCAGGAGCUGCCCCACCAGCCACGCUGGCAGAGUUCACACUUGGGACUGGCGGCUUAGACUUUUACGACGUCAGCCUUGUGGACGGGUACAAUUUGCCUAUGAUAGUUGAAGCUACGGGCGGCUCUGGCAUGUGCGCUUCGACCGGUUGCGUGACGGAUCUAAAUAGGGUCUGCCCCUCGGAGCUGCGGGUUGGUGGUGGCGAAGCGUGUAAGAGCGCAUGUGAGGCGUUCGGGAGCCCGGAAUAUUGUUGCAGCGGCACGUUUAACUCACCUGCGACGUGUCGGCCGUCGGUUUACUCGCAGAUGUUUAAGUCGGCCUGUCCUAGAUCAUACAGCUACGCCUAUGAUGACCCCACGAGCACUUUUACGUGCUCUGGAGCGGAUUAUACGGUGACUUUUUGCCCCUCCAUGCCAAGUCAGAAAUCUUCAAAAGAUCCAAACCCAACAAUGACAGCACCAGGAACUACUAAUGCUGAUGGGUCUCUAUCAGGGUCAGACACUGG